AUGUUGGACAGAUUCAAACUGAGCAUCCUGUUGCAGGGCCUGACUCUGGUCCUGUACGGCCCGGCCUGCAAAGCCUCUUCUCUGGGCCUGACGGUCCACGUAGUGCCCCUAGACAGCAAUGAAGGGAAUACGGUACGGGCUCAUUUCAGUGCCAUCGCUCCCAGUCCUUGUCCAGCCUUGUCUGGUCUGUGUGCACAAGGGGAGGACUGUCUGGUCCACACUACCUCAUUACCUUUCACUGGCACCAAACCCAACUCUGGCUGGUGUGUCCGCCAGUGGCAGAAAACUGUCCCUAGUACUUACAACGCCACCAUAACUUUAGGGGCUCGUGUGAACUGCCCUCACCACUUCUAUUUGUCUGUAAAAGACUUGGAUGGUGACAGGGUGAGGUGUCGCUUUGCGCAGUCUGACCAGGGAGAGUGCCUCAACUGCGAUCAGCACUCUUUUAUAGAGCUGGAUGAGAAGAAAUGCAUGCUGACAUUCACUGGAAAAGCACCAGCAGGACAGUAUUUCAUCUACCUGAUGGCGGAGGACCUGAUCCCUGUGCCCAAAAUAAACCAAUUCAUAGACAACAAACCCCUCAGCUCUGUCCCUGUGCACCUCUCUCUCACGGUGGAGGAGUCAACUUCCAGCUGCAGUGAGGAACCUGUGGCAACAGGUAUGACCCCCAAAGAGCACUCCACGCUGGACGUCCUGCCGUACCAGGAGGUGGAUUUCAUUAUCGACUUUACGUCACAGCUGGAGAGUGUUUUAGAGGUAGCAGUGGUUGGUCCCCCUGAACUCUACAGGGUAGGUUUCAAAUCAGUCGGCUCCCUGGCAACCAUGACCAUAGCCUGGGUCCGCUCCGAAAACAAACUGGCCCGACUUUUGCCCAUCUGCUUUGCUGCGAAUACCAAGAGUUUGCAGUCAGAGCCCAGAUGCGUGUGGCUGUACCAAGAGCUGACGUGUGAGAAGAGCGAGAUGAGUCUGGUGCUCCCUGUCGCCUCUCUGACUAACAUCAACCUGGCCGAACUGCAACUCAACAGCCCCACCUGUCCCGUCACCUACAACAACACACACCUGAUUGCACAUAUCUCCUUGACUGGCUGUGGCACCAAGACUGUGCACUCUGGUUCAGAGCUGGUUUACACCAACACCUUGCAAAGUGUGCGUCCCUACGCUAAGAUCAACCGCUUGCCCUCUCUCGUCCUCCCUCUGGCCUGCCGGAUCUCUGGAGUCGAGACCAAGGGGCCGCAGUACCAGGUCAGCACGCCCACAGAAAAUGAGGCUUUCGGUAACGUCGCGUUUUGGAUUGAACUGCACCUUCCAGGAGAGGGGCCCAUGGCAAAUAUCACACGCAUCCCGAAGCUUCGUAACCUACAGAUGUCGCAAAGUCGACUGCGUCGAGAGGUAGAAUCACCAUCAGACAGCAACAACAACAGCACUACCACCAGCAAUUCUAACACUGCGAAAAGGAUCAACCAGCUGGACCUCCAUGUGAUGUCCAACUGCAGCAUUGAUCGAGCCGAGAUGUUAGUGAGCAAUUGUUUUGAGUCUGCGACAGAGGACUUUGCAGAGCUGCACCCCAUUCUUGAGCAAGGGUGUACUUUUUCCAACAGCACAUUAGAGGUUAUUAUACCACAAAAAUAUUCCAAGAUUUACCGCCUUGAUUUGAGCUCAGUGGAGACCCAAAGCUCAACGAUGUACAUCAGGUGUACAGUCAAUCUGUGCAUCUCCAUCAAUCCCUCUCAGAAAUGCCCUAAUCUGUGUACCCACUCGAAUAAUAACAGAAUGCUGGUUGACGGUGUGUAUACCAGCACAUACACCAUUAGCUCAGCGGCCAUUAGCCUCAUGGUCGCCAAUUCUGCACCAACUAUUACAGUCGUCACCACUCCUGCACUAACUACGACUGGUGCAAUUAUCAGACCAACCCAGGUCUUCAUCAUCUCACAUGCUCCAGAACAGGCCUCAGCCUUGAUAGCAGGAGUGAUUUUGACACUAUCAGCCUAUUUCUUCAAAACAUCUUCCUUUACUGAACAUGCUGCUGAAUGAUGAUCUGUCACAAUAUGUUGUAUAAAGAACUUUAUUGUAAGACCAAUGUAUUUCAGCUUGUGGCCUUCAUCAGUCAUUAUUCCUUUCUUGCCCCUGACUUUCUGUCAGCCCUCUACUAAUUUAAGCUAGUAAACAUUCCUUUGCAAACAAAAACCUUGAAAGAAGCACCUGACUCCUUAUACUGCACUGUCUCAUGUACUUUACUCGAUGUUGUUUUCAAUAAAGUAAAUUGUUGGGCACGUUCAAGA